GCUAUACAUUAUGCUUACUGUUGAAAAGAAAACAGCUCAGCACUGAUAUCAAUGUAUGUAAGCAUCAGCAAGAGACAUGGUAUAUAAAGACCUCUCGUCCUGUGUAACAGCAGACAAUUGUUUGAGACAAUCAACUCAGCGCUGAAAAUGGGAAAGGUAAGAUGACCUGAAAAUAUUAACCUGUUACAGCAGUAGACAUGCUUGAUACCACAGCCAGAUUAUUUAUUUUUUCAAAGUAUAUAUUUUUAAUAAUGUUUCUAAACAUGUCUACAAUCAAACACUUGGAGGGUUUAUAAAAUACCAAACUUAUUUUUGUGUAGUUUGGACAAAGUGAGUCUGUCGUUCACACAUAACAGUUUAAGUUCAGGUAGUCUUCAUGAUAUUCUUUAAAAUGUAUUCACUUCAACAACUUUUUUAAUAUAUUUUGAAAAGUACACAGAUGCUAAAUGAAUUACUGAGCUUGAUAUAUAGUUUCUCUGUUUCCAUUUGUGAAAACUAUGAAAUGGCUGAGAAAUGGCUUGCAGCCAAUCAUGGUUACUGUUUGUUCCUUUGGUCCUUUCUCUGUUCAGUUGUAUUUUAAAAAGUUCUACUGGGAACCAGUUACAAUUUGUAUAUUGUGUUAUAUUUAUAGGUUUAGGGUACUCUACAGAUUUAUAUAGGUUACAUUUUCUAGCAGUGAAUUCAAAGUGAAUUUCAAUUUAAAGGCCAAAAUAUCCACCCUGACAACAGAAAUUAUUUGGGUAUUGUUUUUAAUUCAGCUAUUUUUGUUAAUGUCUGAAAGUCUUUGUUACAAAAUAUGAAGACUUAGAUGGUGUGGCAAUUUCAUUCUAAUUCAUUAUUUUAUGUAAUAAAUGUUAGGGUGAAAGGGGGUGGCUAGGGGCUUCGGGAAGCCUAGUCACUUGGAAGAAACUUAAUGACAAUUUUGGGGCAUGGACAAUGGCAUCACUAUCACCCCUUGUAUUUCUAAUUACAUCCCUCACUAGUCACACAUGGAUAGGGGUUUGGGGGACAUUAGGUUUCCCCUUGUUUUAUAAUAGGAUCCUACUUGCCACCUUUGUGUGGGUGCUGGAGGGGAUAAUAUGUCCCCCAAGUUUGAUAAGUAGCCCACAGAGGACUGUGCAGUGGGUACCUUAGGUUGUCCCUCCAUUUUUAUUAGAUAAUAGUCCCCACCUACCUGUCACAAGUGUGGCUGGGGGUAGACAGUGAUCUGUCCCCCCCCCCCCCAUCAUUUAAUUUAAAAUCCCUACCCAUUACUUCUGGUGAGGGCAUGGGGGGAACCAAGUCCCCUUGUUAUCCUUGUUAUUUCACUGUUCCCAUAUCUAUGGAAUGGCCCUUUUAAGCAACUGGACAGCAAUGGUUACCUAAUUGCAAGUUUUGUUUUUUUUAUAUAAAAGUUUGCUCACUGUUCAGUAUGUAUGCCCCAUCCAUGGCAAGGCAGUUGGGGCAUAAGGCAGAGUUAUUGCAUCACUUUUAGCAAUAUGGUGGUCAUUUUGACACCUAUAUGCUUUUAAAAUGAACUUAUUAUACUUUAAUGUGGGGGCUGGCUUGCAAGCACACACCAGCCAUCAUAUAGUAAACCCUCAUAUCACCAAGUUUGUUUAAUUAUUUGCCUGCUGGAUGCCAGCACUGCCUGCAGGCAAAUAGGAUUUUUCAAACCAUCCUAACACUGAUUUAUAGCAUUCAGGUCCAACUUUCAGACAUCCAACGGCAUUCUGUCCAGUUGAAAUCUGGACCUAAUUCAGGCUCGUUCAAAGCCUGGUUAGCAAAUCUGUACAUUGUUAAUUAGUAUGAACAAUGUAUGGAUUUUGCAGUCUGAAUGAUGGUUCACCCCAUUUGGUAUUGUUCCUUUCAAUAUUUACUAAAUAACCCUGUUUGCUUCACAAAUCUGUCUGUAUUCUCUAAAGGUUACCCUGGGCAUUAGACACUUGGAAAUCUAUCAAAUAAACAUUUAUCUGAAAAGUGUCUUUUAAAGUGUCAGAAUAUAGACUAAAGUAGACUAGUUGGAGGAAGAAACUUGUUCAGCCAUUCUGAAUAGAAGGUAUAUUGUUAUCUGCUAACCCAUGAAUUGUCAUUAUUUGAAUAACUGGGGAUUUAAAUUUUAGGCUACAAUAGCUGUGCUGAAAAAAAGAGCUGAGUUGGAGAAUGCAGUUUGGCCUCUUUGGCGUAAAUUUACAAUUCUCUGGUUGAUUCCAGACAAGUCUUGGUUUAGGGAGAAAGAGAUCAGAGAAAAUUAAAAGAGAAUUGUGAGCAGAGAGACUAUCACUGGAGGGGGUAAAAGUGAAUGAAGGUCACUGUCAGAUAUGAAAAAUUAGUGAAAUUAUAUUCAUGUAGAAGUCGUAAAAUCAGAUUUUGUCUUACAAACAAAAAGUAAUUAAAAAAGUAAUACUUCAGUAUAAGUCUUACCUUUAGAUUAGCAGUGCAUGGUAAUGCAAUGAAAAAACAAAAUGUGCUAAGAUUAAUAUGACUUUUUUUUCUAAAUGCUGUACUUUUGAAAGAUUCUCUCACUUAGCUAUUGUUAGAUUUAAAUGGACACUGUUGCCACCAAAACAAUUUUAGAUUAUUUAAGCAGUUAUGUUGUAUAGAUCAUGCCCCUGCAGUCUCACUGCUCAAUUCUCUGCCAUUUAGGAAUCAAAUCACUUUGUUUAUGCAGCCCUAGACACACCUCCCUGCAUAUGACUUGCACAGUCAUCUUAAACACUUCCUGCAAAGAGUCAUAUAAUGUUUACACUUCCUUUUUGUAAAUUAUGUUUAAUUUAAAAUGUCUUAUAUCCUGCACUGUCAAUAGCUUGGUAGAUCCUGCAGGUGCCUCUUGUAAUUAAUUAAAGUCCAAUUUACUAAUCAAGAGAUUAAAACUUUUAAAUUAAGUUACAGCUGAUUGAAAAUAAAAACAAUUUGGUUUUCGUGCAGGCUGUUUCACUUACUGUCAUGGGAAGUGUAGCUAGGGCUGCAUAAACAGAAACAAAAAGGAUUUAACACCUAAAUUGCAGUGAGACCUUAGAGGCAUGAUCUAUACACUAAAACUACUUCAUUAAGCUAAAGUUGUUUUGGUGACUAUAGUGUCCCUUUAAAUUUUACAUUUGGGUUUCAAUUCAUCACAAUUCAGUAUCAAAUUAAAAAACUCCAUAGGUGUUAAUUUUAAUUUAUUGAUGUAUUGACUAAUUAUUUUUAGAUGACUGUUGCAAAGGUUGCAAAAUAUGUCCAACUUCAGCCGAAAUUGAAUUUUCUUUCAGUUCUGCAAUUCUGGAAAACAUUUUCUGUGACUGUUUGAAAGUAAAUAAGAGCUUCCAGUGAACAGUCACAUCUGCAUCACAUAGGAAUUGAUAUCACUAAUCACCAUAUUGUAAACUGAUUUGAAAACUACUGGCAACAUUUACUUCGAAAAAAAUCUCCAACUCAGCUUAACUAUUUUAUCCUAAAAUUUUCCAACUUGGUUUUCUUUCCACUGCACUUUUUUGUUAGACAAUUUCCUUUGUAUUUAGUUGCUUUGAAAUGGGGGACACCUCUUUUAUUUAUGUUUUUGUAAUUCUUUAUUUUAUUUUUGCAUAGUUUAAACAAGCGGGUUUGCACUGUACAACAGCUGGUACAAACUGAACAUCAGGCACAGUAUAACAUUUGUGUUGCCACGAAAUACAUUACACAUUUUGUUAAUAAGAAUCAGGGCCGUCUUUAAUUUUGAUUGGACCCUGGGCAAGCAUUUACUUGGGCCCCCUGACUAUAUAUAGAUAUACACAAAUACACUACCUGACACACAUGAAGAUACACACUGACCGCAUGUAGAUACACACAAGAACAUACAGAUACACACAGACUACAUAUAGAUACACUGACACACACAUAGACAUACACACAGAUAUAAACACUGACAUACAUGUAGAUACAAAGGUACACCCAUUGACUACAUAUAGAUACACACACACACUGACACAAAUCCAGACACACAGAUACACAACCUAAAACACAUGCAGAUAUACAGAUACAAACACUGACACAUACAGAUACACACACAAACGGAAAACAUACAGAUACAGAGACACAUUCUGACAGACGUACUGACACAGACAGUCAUACUGAACCACACAUACACAAAGACAUACUGAACCACACAGACAUUGACAUACAGAUACACUGACAGACAUACUGGCACAUAUACACACAGACAGACAGACAUACUGAAACACACAUACACACAGACAUUGACAGACAUAUUAAAAAACACAGACAUACAGAACCACAUGGACACUGACAGACUCACACAGACAUACUGACAGACAUACAUACAUUCUGACACACAUACACACAUACAUACAUACUGAACCACACAGACAUUGACAGACUCACACACACACACAGACAUACUGACACACUGACAGACAUACACACAUACACUGACAGACAUACACACACAAAGACAUACUGACACACUGACAGACAUACACACAUAUACAGACAGACACACACACACUGACAGACAUACACACAUAUACAGACAUACUGAAACACACAUACAGACAUACUGAACCACACAGACACUGACAGACUCUCACACACACAGACAUACAGAUACACAAUGACAGACAUACUGGCACACUAACAGACAUACACACAUACUGACACACUCAUGCAAAAUUUGAUAACCACCCUCCAGUUUCUUACCUUUUCCUGGAGGGUGGCUUCACUGGGGUCCAGUGGGCUGGCUGGGGUGGCUGGGAGUUAAGCUCUCCCGGCCUGGCCCCCUCCGGAACAGCUCCUUCCUCCCUGCGCGGCUCCUGUUUCUGUGGGAGGAAGUGACACGCGGCUGUCACUUCCUCCCAGUGCUCCCGAAAUGCAAGGGCCCGGUCGCGCUGUUAAAGCGCCACAGCGCCCGACCGGGCCCCUGCUGACACAGGCCCACCGGGUGGCCCUAAGUGCAUGGGCCACCCGAUGGGCCCCCAUAGUCUGCAGGUAGAGGGCAAACAGGGCAGUUACCUCGGGCCCCCCAGCAGGGACAGGGCCCGGGGCAGCUUCCCUGUUUGCCCCGCGUUAAAGACGGCCCUGAUAAGAAUAAACAAGAUUAAACUAAAAUCCUUAAUCUAAAGGGGAAAAUUUCUCUCCCUAAGUACAUAUAAAAACAAUGCAUAAAACCAAGCAGUAUAAGUGUAAGAGACAGCAUGUUCUAAGCAAAGUGAUAUAGGCUAGACCGAGUGAGUAGUAGACCAUUACCCGCCCACGUAUAUGCUUGAUAGACAUGUCUUUAUGGUAAAGUGGUUUCGGCAUUUACAGGUAGUUUGAGAUUAUUGGGUAGACAUGUCAAACAGCGUGAAAUCAAUACUACAAUGUCUGUUAGUGUGGGAUGUAGAGUACAGGGUGCAUGUACAUUGUAUAUCAUGAAUUAGGUGCAUGAUUUUUAUGUUGGUGCGGCAGGUUUGGUCAUCCGCUAGGUCUAGACAUGUCACCAGAUAUCUGUGAGAGGCCUGUAGAUUCUCCACAGCAUCCCGAAGUCCUUAUACCUCCCCUUGGGCCUGUACUCAAGCGGUCACCACUUGGACUUCAGUUCUCAUUAAGUCCAUAUCAACCGCUUAUAUCUGCUUUAGUUCCAGCAGCAGGUUUUUGAUGUCCAGCUUAGUGGCUGGAGUCAGACUGUCCGGAUCAGCCGGUUCCGGACAGUGUGGUUUGCAGGUUCCAUAUGAUCUCUGGAGGCAGAGUCCGAGCUGCAGGAGCUAGCAUCAUGUUCUGGUGGGGCUGCCAUUUUGUGGGCCACAGGUCGCUGUAGCAGAACUCCUAUAUCUUGGGAGUCUUUGGACAUAGUGGCCUGGGCUUUCUGGGAUUUUCUGCCCAUUGUAUUACCACAGGGCUCUCUGGUGAUGUAAGGCUAGAGGUAGGAUGCGGCUUGUGGAGCAGAUAGGUCGCGGUAGGCCCCAACUGUGCCUGUUUGCGGGAACAAGAAGGGCAUUUGGACACCGCCUGUACUGCUGUGUUGGAGUGGUGAGUAAUCUGGCAUAAAUGCAGGGCUCUGCUUGUAGUGAUUACAGGGGAAAUAGAGCAGAUUUAUUAUGAUUUGGCAGGAGCUUGGGAGAGUAGCAUCCGUUCAGUUCAAGCGUUAGGCUCCGCCUCCCAACACCUCUUUUAUUGUGACUAUUAAAUGUAUUAUGUAAUUCUUCUGUUGUAAAAUAUUUUAUAUAUGUGAGCAUAUAAUGCAUUUGCUGUUUUUGAAUAAAAAUAAAAUAUAUAUUGUAAUAAAAAUGUGUUUUGUACAUUAGCUACAUAUGACAUUAAUAGCGACUUACAUUUCCACAGAUCAUCUUCUAUGAAGAUCGUAACUUUCAGGGACGCUCUUAUGAGUGCAGCUCUGAGUGUUCCGAUUUGACCUCAUUCUUUCACCGCUGCAAUUCCAUCCGAGUAGAAAGUGGAAACUGGAUCCUGUAUGAGAACCCCAACUAUAGAGGACACCAGUAUUACCUUAGCAAAGGAGAAUAUCCUGAUUUUCAACAAUGGAUGGGUUUCAACGACUCCAUCAGAUCUUGUCGUAUUAGCCCACAGGUAAAGUACUUCCUUAGAAAAUUGCCUUAAAUCUAAAACCAUUACAGAAUAAUAAAUGUGUAUUUAAACUAACAAUAAAAGAUGCACUUCAAAAAUAUUUCUCAGUUCAAUCUAUUUAGGCUUGACAUUUGGCAAUACAAUGUCUCUUCCAUUUUUGGGAAAUAUUUCCUGCUCAGUGUUUUUCAAAUUAAUUGAAAUUAAACAAAUUGUUAUACAUUUUAAAAUGACAACUUAAUUUUGUUUCCUAAAAGCACCAAGGCUCAUUCAGAAUAAAGGUCUACGAGAGGGAGGAUUUCCGAGGCCAGAUGAUGGAGUUCACUGAAGAUUGUCCCAAUGUCUAUGAAAGAUUCCGUUAUCAUGACAUUCACUCCUGCCAUGUUCUUGAUGGUUAUUGGAUGUUCUAUGAGGAACCAAAUUAUAGAGGCCACCAGUAUUACCUGAGACCUGAAGAAUAUAAAAGAUAUACUGACUGGGGUGCCAUGAACCCAAAAAUUGGCUCAUUCAGAAGACUCCAUUAUUUUCAAUAAAUAGUAGUAUUGAGUGAGUCGGGAUGUAAUUCAAAAUUAAUUAAAAAAGAUAAGAAUGGUAACAUUGUCACUAUUUAAUUUGCUCAUAAACAAUUGUAUUGUAUUGGUACAUUAAAGGCACAUAUUACAGGUUUUGAAAUAAAUUAUUUCUAAGUGGAUUCCUUAACUAUAUUGAUAAAAUAUUGUAAUAUUAUGAUUUAAAGUGAAGAUGUUACCUUGGAGGGAGUCUGGAAAGCUCUUCUAAGGUGACAUGCUUGCUUCAUCGACCUCCUAAAAGGACAGAAUGUUGAUGAAAUGCCUAUCCACGGUUUAUAUAUUAAGUUUUCCAUCUUUGUUUUUGAACUACUUGAAAAGACUUUGUAUACAUAAAAAUAUAUGAAAAAUACUAAAUGUGGACAUAGAAAUUCACAGCACAUGACAUUAUUGUUUGCAUCUAGAGACAAUACUGUCUAAACUUUACUAAAAAUUGGUAAUAAAAUAAAAAAUAUUUUUUUACAUUAUUGACCAG